UAAAUUGAUUGUAUCUGUAGAUUAUGAUCAUGAUAAGAACGCUGUACAGUUAUAGGGUAGUAGCGGUUUUUUGAAAUACUACUAGGUAGCCUACCUAGGUAUAGCCUAGCUACCUAGUAGGUAAUUUAGAACCAGUGAAUAUCCGCCGUACUACCUAAUAGGUACUAGUAACCCGAUUUUCUAGGGGUAAAAAUGCAAUUAGAAAACCAAAUGUAGACUGCAGUUACCUACUAGGCUAUACUAGUAAUUGCAAUUCAGAACGCAUUUCAGUGCGCCCAGAGAAAAUUUAACUUAGGAAAACCAUCAAACGGUAAAGGGGGGACCCUUGUGGGAAACCGGGGUUUGUGGUGGCGGGGGCGGAAUCGUCCAAAACUUUCGUACCUAGCUAAUUUCCAUUGUAGAGGCAGAUUUUGAUGGAACUGUGCGUGAUGAUUUUAGACGUUUUCGGUCUUGUAAUGCAAUGAGAAGACUGACUUUAUAGAAAUUACAAGUUCCACAAAGAGCACUGAAAAUGGAUGAGGUGAAGGUUACUGAUGGCAUCGAUUCAUCCAAGGGAGGAUAUGCUUCCACAAGUUCUCCUCUGCCUGUUUACCAUAGAAAGCGGGGACGUCCAAGGAAGGGCACCUAUGUGCCCCGUUCUUCUAGCCUAGAUAUGUUGUACUUUAAUGAUAGUUCUAAAUUCCAGAAAUGCGAUGUUAGGCAGAAAAUGAAAAGAAGUUAUGGUUCAGUUGUAGAUAAUGAAAGCAAUAAUUUGGGUUUUGAUACAGAGUCAGAGAAAGCCAGUUCAAGAGAAAACUCUAAGAGAAGGCGCCAGCCCAAGGUGUUGGAUGACUAUGUCACUGACUUUGAUACCUCUGAUGAAGAAGCAGAGAAGUUUUCUAGGUCUGCACCUUUCCAGCUAUCAAAAGAAAGAAGUGGUGUCAGUAAAGGAUUCAAUAGAAAAUCAGGGGAAUUGCAUUCUCUUGAAAAUGAAGACAUUUUGUCAUAUCUAGGUAGUUUUGAGAAAAACUUUGUUGAUCAAGACUUUUUUGGCUCAGAUUUUCUUGAAGGCAGUCAUGAAGGUAGUGAAGAAGAUGUUCCAGCAGAUACAAGUAAAAAUAUCUUAGUAGGUGGUACAACUUGUGAUAGUAAGUUAUCUGAAGUACUUUCACCAAAGUGUGAUAAGCAAGAUUCUGAUAUUAAGAAUGGGGACGGUGCUAUCUUCACAUCCAGACAGAAGGAAAGAGAAUGGAAACAGUCUGUCAGGAACCAUCGUCAGCAGCUAGCUGCUUUGCAGCAAAAAUAUCAGCAGCUAGUUCAGAAAAUUCAGAAGAAACCUCAAUUUACAAAAGUUUUGGAUCUUGUAUAUGGAGCUUCAAAGUUACUGAAUGAGGAACAGUUGGUAUUUUUCAUUCUUCAGCUGAAGGCAAACAGCAAAAAUCUUCAGGGAGUCAGAUUCAGUACCCGUGAAAAAAUUUUAGCACUUGCUAUAUAUGCUCACAGCCCAGAAACUUACAGAUGGUUACAGUCACACUUCUUUCUUCCUUCAAAACUUAUUCUAGACCGUUGGUUAGAGAUGAUAGCCAAAGAUAAUCCUACAACUGCAAAGCGACUUUUGUAUCAUCUAUAUAAGAAGUACCUCUUUCAUUCAUAAUGAUAUACGUAGUUCCUCGUUGGAUGAGUGGUUCAUGUGCUCGCCUACCAAUUUGGUAGUCGCGAGUUCAUCUCCUUGCUCUGCCAAUGUUGAAUCAGAGGAAUUCAUUUCUGUUGGUUAGAAAUUCAUUUCUCGAUAUAGUAAUGUGGUUCGGAUUCCACAAUAAGCUGUGGGUCCCAUUGCUAGGUAACCAAUUGGUUCCUAGCCACAAAAAUAUCUAAUCCUUUGGGCCAGCCUUAGGAGAGCUGUUAAUCAGCUCAGUGAUCUGGUUAAACUAAGUUAUACUUAACUUAAUUCAUAAUAAUAUAAUCACCCCAUGGUAUGCUUGAACCCGAGCCUUCUUACCGUUAGGGUACCUAUGCGUAAUUGUUUGUUAUUUUAUGCCGUUUCCUGUUUCAGAAUUUGUUAAAAUUUAAAGACAGUCUAUCAGAAUUGUCUUUACUGGAUUAUUAUUGUGUAGUGUUCUUUAGUCAUUUUGCUCAUAAAUUCAUUCUUUGUACGUUACUCUGUACUGUAGAGUACACUUACCCUUUUUUGUGCUAUAUGUACUGUACACUACUGCAGUACUUGAAAUGCAUUGGAUGCUUUGUACAUUAUUAUAUUAAUACCGUACUGAACUUCAAUUAUAAAAGAAGAACCUGCGAAAGGGACUUUGUCUCACUCUUAAGUGGUAAAAGAAGUUAAUCUAUUAUGUUACAGUAUUCAAAAUUGGUAGUAAUUAGGUGCCAUGCAACUGUGAGAAUUUUUCAACAGUUUGGUUCAGAAACCCUGUUGUAUCUUGAAUUUCUCUGAUGCAGUGAAAAAAAUUUAAUAAAACACAUUGGGUAAAUGCUAA